UCUGGUUUAUGUGACCCAACGACCCAUUUCACAAUCCAAUUAAUUUACGCACCCCAACUGUAUUAUUGUACCCUUGCAAUGAUCAUGAUUUCUGGAGCAGGUUAAUGCAUCAUGAAAACUAUACUUGCAACUCCUUCUUCCAUGUGUCCAUCAUCCAAGGGCUUGCAUCAUUGCCGCCGACUCCAUUAAUAGCUCGACCCUUAAUUAAGACAUUCCUAUGUAUUUGUUUGGCUUCCCAUACCACUCAAACCUGAAAUAUUUAAUAACUUUCUUAUCCUCAUGGUUUGUUUCUGUUUCUUGGUGGACCAAAGAAGGAAGAUUAGGAGAAGCAAGCCGGUGGCCGGAUCAUGUUCGCGCUGCGGCCGCGGAGCUAGCGUGGCUGACAUGAGAACUGCAACAAGGUUUUGUUAUAUUCCAGUUUAUUGGAAAUCUUGGAAAGCUAUUAUUUGUACAUUUUGUGGAGCUAUUCUUAAAUCUUACAGAUAGAUGCUUUUGAGCUAUAUAUCAGAUUUAGUUCAUGACUGCAAUAGACACUCUUUUCUAUCCUUUUCCGUCUUUUGUUUACUGCUUUAUAAUUCAGUAUACAUGUAUGAUAUACAGAUCAGGAAACUCGGUCUGUAUUGAUUUCAUUUCCAUCUUUUUCUUGCUUUAGCUACAUUUUUAUGUAUUGCUCCACUGUGGUUUCUUUAGCAAAAUAGUGGAAGAGAAUUUCGCUUUCAGCUA